AUGAUGAGUGAUUCAACUAAUGUCCUUUCCCCUGGAAGAACUUUAAGUGAAGCUAUUGUUGCCGAAUCAUUGUUAAGGCAUAUUUCAUCUGCUAAAGGACGUGUCAUAACUACACAGUUUGCUUCUAAUAUACAUCGUAUCGGUAGUGUGAAAGCUGCUGCUGAUUUAACUGGAAGAAAAUUGGUAUUUGUUGGGAUGUCCUUGAGGACUUACUUAGAUGCUGCUUUCAGAGAUGGAAAGGCUCCAAUGGAUCCUUCAACUUUAGUGAAAGUGGAGGAGAUUGAUGCCUAUCCCCCUAACGGUUUAUUAAUUGUUACAACUGGCUCUCAAGCAGAACCGCGAGCUGCUCUAAAUCUAGCAUCUUUUGGAGGCAGCCAUUCUCUUAAACUGACCAAGGAUGAUGUGAUUUUAUAUUCAGCUAAGGUUAUCCCUGGAAAUGAAACUCGGGUGAUGAAGAUGUUCAACCGUAUAUCAGAUCUUGGCUCCACUGUUGUAAUGGGUAAAAAUGAACUAUUACAUACAUCUGGACAUGGGUAUCGUGAUGAGUUAGAGGAAGUUCUCAGGAUUGUGAAGCCUCAACAUUUUCUUCCUAUCCAUGGGGAGCUCUUAUUUCUUAAGGAACAUGAAUUAGUUGGGAAAUCAACUGGUAUCAAGCACACUGCAGUGAUAAAGAAUGGGGAGAUGCUUGGAGUUUCACAUCUCAGGAACAGAAGAGUUCUAUCUAAUGGGUUUGCUUUACUAGGAAAGGAGGAUUUACAGUUGAUGUAUAGUGAUGGUGACAAAGCAUUUGGAACAUCCGCAGAACUUUGCAUUGAUGAGAGGUUAAGAAUUGCCUUUGACGGAAUAAUAAUUGUCUGCAUGGAAAUUUUACGCCCGCAAAGCAUAAAUGGGUCCUCACAAGCAUGCCUGAAAGGAAAAAUACGAAUUAGCACUCGAUGUUUGUGGCUGGAUAAAGGGAAGUUGUUGGAUGCACUAUACAAAGCUGCGCAUGCUGCAUUAUCAAGUUGUCCCGUAAAUUGUCCAUUGUUUCACAUGGAAAGGAUUGUAGCUGAAGUAUUGAGGAAGGUGGUCAGAAAAUACUGUAGCAGAAGGCCCGAAGUCAUUGCAAUUGCUGUUGAGAACACUGUUGGUGUUCUCUCUGAAGAACUUAGGGAACGAAUAGCAGGAAAGACUUAUGACAACUUUGACCUGUCUGCAAUCAAUCAACUCUCAGAUAUGCAUAUGAGGAAGGUUUCAGGCAGCCGGUUUGAUGAAGAUGCACCGGACAUAAUGAGAAAACUUCUUGAAGCAGGGGCAGAAGGUAAUACUGAUGAUGAUUUUGAUGUUGAGAAAUCGGAUGCAGAAGUUUCUUUGUCAGAAUCAGAAGAUUUGGAAGUUGAAAACAUAUCUUCAGUAGAACAUUUAGCAUCCAGUAAAGCAAGUGGAAGGGAAUUAAUGAAGGUAUCAGAGGCAAAGACUGGAAGUCUUAAAUCUGGAAAAAGAAACAAAUGGAAGCCUGAAGAGAUUAAGUGGUUGAUUAAAGAACGUGGUGAUUUAAAUGAUAGAUUCCAGACUGUCAGAGGGAGAAUGGCUCUAUGGGAAGAAGUAUCUUCUAGCAUGUCAAGCCAUGGGAUAAUCCGCACUCCGGCACAGUGCAAGUCUCUGUGGGCAUCACUUGUUCAGAAAUACGAGGAAAGUAGAAAAGAUGAGAAAUUUAGAAAGAGCUGGCCAUACUUUAGUGCAGUUGAUAAGAUCUUGUCAGCGCCUCAAGCGGCAGCAAAAUAAGCAAAAGCCAUUUGAGGAUUACUAGGUGCAGAUAAGCUGACCAUAUAGAUUCUUUAAUCCAUUUGAGUAAAAGAAAAGCUGCCAUGUCUUUCAUGCUCAGUUACACGCCAUGUAAGUGCAGCGGACCAUUAAUAAAACAUGUUUUCCUUAGCAGUUCAUUGUUUGGCAGUUGUUUGUUCCUCAUGUUUUUAACCAUAGACUCAGAAGAGUUUGUGAGAAGUCGUUUUUCAAUUAAAGCAUUACUUGAUCUGGGGAACUAAACAAGAGUAGAAUAGGAUUGCUAUCUGCAAAGGAGCUUUGUAUUAUUAGCAAUGCGAAAAUUAUUUGUUUAGAUUAGGUUCAGAUACAAUUGCAGUAUUAGACGCUUCAGGAGAGCAAUAAAAUUUGUUUUUCAUCAAUUUUGAACGGAAA